AUGUCGGCCGCAGCGGAUGCUCCAACCGCCGCCGCGCCGCCGCACGACGUGACGAAGCUGCUGCUCAAGGCGGGGCGCAACAAGGAGUACGACGUUGUCGUGCUGCCAGCGUCCACGACGAUUCGCGACAUCCAGCAACAUGUCCCCGCCAAGUACUUCGAGCGCAGCCUCUGCCGCAGCCUGCUGUACCUCUUCCGCGACGUGGCGCAGGUCGUCGCGACGUACGCCGCCAUGUACGCCGUCGGCCUCCCGCUCAUCGCGUACGCCGAGUCGACCGCAGCGGCCGCGGCACCGCUGCCCACGUGGCUUGCGGCGG